AUCUGAAACAAAGUCGUCAAAUCAAUUUUCUUACGAGUUUCUCAUCUUCAUUGUUGCAUUUACUUUGGUUCAUUACACGCUUAUUUCGGCUCGCGGUGAAAAAUCAAUCGCAAUCGCUCAAACAGGAAAUAAAUCACAAUGCUUGGGCAAAUUCUCUUAGGGAAAUCGCCACCCAAUAUUCCGACGAUUAAACUGAACAACGGACAACAAAUGCCGGUCAUAGGUCUCGGAACCUGGCUUUCCAAAGAAGGUGAAGCGAUUGAGGCGGUCAAAAGUGCCAUUGAUGAGGGCUAUCGACACAUUGACACGGCCUAUUUUUACCAGAACGAAAAGGAAGUUGGGGAGGCAAUACGUGCCAAAAUUGAGGAAGGUGUUAUCCAACGGAAGGAUCUGUUUGUGACCACAAAGCUGUGGAACACGUACCAUCACCCAGACCACGUGGAACGAGCGUUCCAACAGUCGUUUGAAAAUUUGAAUAUUGACUAUAUUGACCUCUACCUGAUGCACCUGCCGAUUGGCUACAAAUUCGUCGAUUGGGAUUCGAAAGAGUUGAUGCCAUACGAUGCCGAUGGAAAGUUGGAAUUUUCCAAUGUUGAUUUUGUCGACACCUGGAAGGCGAUGGAGAAAUUGAUCAAAACUGGAAAGGUUAAAGGCAUCGGAGUGUCCAACUUCAACAGCGAACAAAUAACACGGUUGCUUGCGGAAUGUGAGAUAAAACCGGCGACGAAUCAGGUUGAGUGCAAUCCGAGUUUGAAUCAGAAAAAACUUAUCGAGUUUUGUAGAAAUUUGGGUAUAGCGGUGACGGCUUACAGCCCUCUGGGACGUCCGUAUGCCUACGUUGAAAGUUCGGACAGCAUGCCGAAACCACUGUUGGAUGAUCCAAAAGUGGUUGAAAUCGGGAAAAGGUACGACAAAAGUGCAGCUCAAGUUGUCUUGAGGUAUCUGGUCGAGAUCGGGACAAUACCCAUCCCAAAGUCUUCCAAUCCGAAAAGAAUCAAGGAAAAUUUGAAAAUCUUCGACUUCAGACUGAAGGAUGAUGAAAUAAAAGUCAUGGAUGAGUUUAAUACUGGCCAGCGCACGGUACCCUUCAAGCUCUGUGUCGAUCACAAGUAUUACCCGUUCAAUAUUGAGUUUUGAUCAGUAUUAAGUAGUCUCCAAACGAUAAAGCGAUUAACUCGAGUGAUUGCAAAAUUGAAUUUCAACUAUUUAUGAAGAUCGUUGUAUAAUAUAUUGUUACUUCAUUUAAGUUUGAAUAAUAUCUCCUCUCUAUAUAAAAA